GCAGGCGAGUAAAGGCACAGCUGCAUAAGAGUUAACCUCACAGCUACUUAGUCAGAAAGUUGUGAAUUUAUUAAUUUGAAGCUCCGGCGGUGUCGCCUAGUGCGGCUUUUUUUUCUCCCCCUGAGCCCGGAUAGAGGUGUCUGCUGUGGGCUGUGGCGGCUCGCUGGAUGAAGUCAACCUGCGCAUGAAUGGCGGGGUUUUAUCUCAUUUCACCUAACGCCUGUGUCCUACGAGAAAGUAAGGUUUUUUGCCCGAGGGAUUUAGCUUAAGCUCGAGCAGUGAGCCUGAGAGCAAGAGGAGGUUUUUGGUGCUUUUCUUUUGUCUUCAUUUCACCCUUUCUGGAUAUUAUCAUGACGCCCGACCUCCUGAACUUCAAGAAGGGAUGGAUGUCAAAACUAGACGAAUGCGGAGAGUGGAAGAAGCACUGGUUUGUUUUGACUGAUGCUGGCCUGAAGUACUACAGAGACUCGAGUGCAGAGGAGAAAGAUGACUUGGACGGGGAGAUUGACCUAAAAUCCUGUGUGAAAGUGUCUGAGUUUGAUGUGGGGAAGAAUUAUGGCUUUCAGAUACAGACACGGGAGAUUGUGUUCACGCUGUCUGCCAUGACAGCGGGGAUCAGGAGGAACUGGAUAGAGGUUUUAAAGAAGUGCAUCCGGCCCAGCAGCUCGCCAGACCUCACACAGUUGCCCGACAGCAGCAGCGACAAAGAAAACUCCCAUGCUCGCUUUCCACUGUCUUCACGUCGCCCAUCAUCUCGUCACGGCGAAGUUCAGUCAGAAGCGCCGACCUCCGCCCCUCCUUCUCAUCGUACGUUCGACUAUGUUGAGCUGUCCCCUGUUCCCGCCUCCUCCGGCACACUUCCAGCCAGUCAGAGAGAAGCAGGAGAGGGGCAGGGGAGGGAGCAGAGCCAGUGGCAGGAGGAGAGGACCAGAGACACCACGAACAGCCAGUGGGAGGCUUUGCUGUCCAGGAAGGGCACCGGCGUAGGAAUGAACCUCAAGUCACGCCUGGACGAGGAAAUAGAGAGAAAGUGGGGCGAAAUCGAACGCAUGAAUAUAAAAGAGACGAGCUCCUUAUCAUCACUGGGGAUGCGGUCAAGACAGCCAGCCGAUGAGGCGCUGCAGAGGGAGGUGGCGUCACUGAGGCAGCAGCUGGAGCAACUUCAACAAGGGGGGAGAGUGGGAGUGGGAGGGAGAGGAGGAGGGGGAGUGCGGGGCGGCUGUGGUCCCGAGGCCCCCUGCGGCCGCAGCCUGGCAGCCAUGGAACGCGCUCACCGACAAGCGCUGGAGGAGCUGCAGAGGCAGCACGAGCGUCAGAUCAAGGAGCUGGAGAAGGAGAAGGGCAGGCUGCUGCUGGAGGAGACCCAGGACACAGCACGAGUGAUGGAAGCUUUGAAGAAAAAACACAAAGAAGAACUGGAGAGAGAGGUUGAGAAAGUCAAGAGGCUAAGCAGCGGAGUGCUAGACUCACAGACUUUGCAAGCCCAACAACAGACAGAGAGUCAGUCCUUACAGAGAGAGCUGGCCGGACUGUCUGAGCGCUACUCUCAGAAGUGUCUGGAGCUAAACCGAGCUGAGCAAAACAACGCUGAGAGAGAGAGGGAGAUCAGCCGCAAGGAGAGGGACAUGGAGCAGCUGAAGAAAGAGAACCAGGAUUUAAAGGCCCGUUUGGCGGAAGAGAUCAGCCGUAGACGAUCUACCAUCACAGAUCAGAGCUCAGAGGACAACAAAGUCAGGACGCCCUGUGAAUUAGAGGUCCUUCUCAGGGUGAAAGAAAACGAGAUAGAGUACUUACACAAGGAGAUCAGCUGUUUAAGGAACGAACUGCAGUUUCUUAACACGGAGAAACGGCUGGCCUGUGAGCGAUAUACAGAAGUGAAUGAGGAGCUGAGUGGGAUGAAGGGCCGGAGCGAGCGGGAGAUCCAAAGUCUAAAGGAGCACUUGAGGCUGGCUAUGGCUGCUCUGCAGGAGGGGCAAAAGCUGGGUAACAGCCUGGACCACUGAGAGCCUGCUGCUGGUACUAAUGCUCUGGCAGACACAGUUACAGGUGUGGACUGAUGUAAAACAGGCGACGAAAUGGCAUGAAAAGCCAUCAACUCAGCAACUGUCCCCAUGGAGAUUUUCAGAGCCAGACAUUGGUUGGAAUUUGUAUUUGAGUUCAAUUUUUUUUUCAUUCUCUGUGUAUUUUGUUUUCCAGGUGUGUCUACACCACAUUGACUGAAUCAAAGAGAGAUACAAAAAAGCAGAAGAGAUGAUUGUCAGACUUGUACAAUUCUGGCUGUGUGGGGACCAUGAUAGUGCCUUAGUUUUCAAUUAUUCUGCCAAUGAGCAGUAAUAGAGUAGCUAUUAGCUGGUUUCAUUACACUGGGCCACACAUGAUUUGUAAACCUGCACUUUUCAUUUUUUUAUUGUAGCUUUUGCUUUUGUGAGUGCAAGCAUGUAUGAGUGCGCAUUUGGUCUGAAAACUGGAAUAUUUGUUGAAAGACAUUUUUUUUUAUUAUCAGGUAUUGUAGAUAGAGUUCAUACGGUUUCAGCUUCUUUUUUAUUGGAUAAUCUUCUCAUUGCGUCUGUGUCUACUGUUUGAGACAGCAGGCGUCAACAGUUACAUGUAAGAGCUAGUGUCAUCUCAGUUUUAGUAUGUAUUACAGCUUUUGAGUCAUGUUUACUCCGUGAGAAGGGCACACGGUUCUUCAGAAAUGGGAGCCUAUCAUUUGCUGUUUUGUUUUGUUUUGUUUUUUUUAACCUGUGCUGGGUUAUUUUUGUGAAUAUGGAAUGCAGAAAAAACAUAUUGGGAAUAAUACAGGACAAGACGGCAAAUGUUUCUAAUUCCCGGCGGGCUGAAUCGGAAGUUGAGCUGUGAUUGUGUGAAAGCAAAUUCAGGCUCAACUUUCUUUGGGGAUGCUAGUGAAAGCUGUUGAAUGAAUGUUGUCCCGUGUCACAAUUUUUUUUUUUUUUUUUUUUUUUAACCAUGACUGUGAGAAGCAGGAACUAUAUAAAAAUCAAGCUUCCAGUCCCCCCUAAUCAUUACUGGCCUUUAUGGUGCUGUCACCACAAUGAAUGACAAGUGUUGCAUUGAUGAGCCAAUUUUUUUAUUGACAGUAUGUAUUGUGAUAAAAAAGACUUAUCUACCUACCUUUUGAAAAAAUAUCUAUAUAUUUAAUGUUCUGUAGAGCCUGUAUCAUCUUUGUAAAUUAUACACUUUUUGCA